AUGUCUCCCAGUGCUCAAUACACUUCAGUUGGCACUGAGAUUGCCUCUGAGCAUAUCAGCGCUCCUAUCAAGAUGAAGUCGCAUGUCCCCGCCUACGACAUUAUCGAUGGCUGCUGCGUCUGGCAUUGGCGAGACAAGGAGUCCGCUGCCGAAGGCUGGAUUGUCAUUGACUCGCCUGUGCCUACGGCCGCCGGUGGUGGCUUAUUUCUUCACGCAAACGCAACCUUCGAAGAAGUUCGCGAUGUAGCUCGCUCUAUGAGCUCGAAGCUUGCUGUUUCCUCACAGCCCCAGGUUGUGGGUGCUAAAGGAGGCAUUCGGUUCCCAUCCGGUGACCCACAAGCCCCUCUGGUUCUGGAACGCUUUAUUCAUGACAAUGCCGGCGUCCUCUCGGUCUACUGGGGCACUGGAGGCGAUCUCAACACGGACCACGCGGUCAUAGACAAGCAUGCCAGAGCCUAUUGCACUCCUGGGACUUCAACGGCUCUGGACGCGUUGUACCGCGCCCUGGGCUAUACAGGGCAAAGUUUCGCAGAUAUACCAGUUCUGCUUGAAGAGAGCAUCGACAAUAACGGAUGGUCUCUCAGCGAGUAUUGCGUUGGCUAUGUCAUGGCUGUCACCCUGAAAGAGCUUCUUUCUCGCGCAGAACCGAGUUUAAUGGGACGAGCUCGUCUAGUGCUUCAGGGGUUCGGAUGUGUCGGUGCCACCUUCGCCCUAGCAGCGGAGCAGUUGGGCAUCGGACGUGUUGUGGCAAUCUCUAGCCAGUAUGGGUUUUACAUCGACAACGACGGCAUAGACUGCGUCGCCAUUGAACACGCCCGCCGCAGCGGGGCUGGAAACCAUUCCACCCCAGGCUUGGAUCCCAGAAGUCUCGAAGCCGGCCUCUCCCAGGUUCAGCUCUCAUCCGCUCGAUACAUGCCACGUAAGGCGGACUCAUCUGAUGAAGAGCAUCUCGCCAAUUUCCUUACCGCGGCCGAGGGCGAGGCUUUUGUACCCUGUGCUGGCCGCUACGUCCUCACACCAAAGACGAUUUCUGCCUUGAUUAAUCAUACGUUCGCUAAAAUCUCCGUCUCGUCUCGGUUCAUCGUCGCUGGAGCCAACAACGUCUUCAGCCCCAUUGAGAGCAGAGAGAAGGCUCUUUUGGGUUUAGACUCUGGUUCUAUUCGAAUGCUCCCUGAGUGGAUCAGCAAUUCCGGAACUUCCAAUUUGUUCAUGAGAGCUUGCAGUGGUCUCGCCUUGAGAGGCUACAGUGCUUCCAACCUUGAAGCGUGUGCCAACGACACCAAGUCUUUCAUCAAUGCAGUAUUUGCCAAGAUCGGGUUCUCGGGAACCAAUGUUGCCUUGUGGGAUGCUUGUCACGAUUUGGUUGUGGCGCGAAGAGCAGCUGGGGCGGUCAACCGCCUCGGAGUCAAGAGAAUGUCACAUUUGACACUGGCUACGCCAAAUGUUGCUCGAGCUGGUGAGACUAUCGAGCGCGUAUACAACGCCAGGUUCAAUGAGGACAAGACGCUUUAUCAGCUUCCAGGGGCUGACGACCCUACAUUGAGUAUCAUCAGGGCGACCGCAGGGACUGGCCCUGAUGACAUUGGCCUUUCAAUGCGGUUUUCCGUUUACAACUUGGCGAGGGCUCGUGCAAUUCUGGAGGCUGACGGGGCUGCCUUCCACGAAGUCAAGCUCGAGGAUGGCUCCAAUGAGCUUGUUCUCAAACGCGAAGAGACGGGAUAUCCAAUCAGUCUUUCACAGGCCCCUGCUCGGGAGUCCUCCAACAGUGCCUUCUCCAACUCUACCGAAGCGCUGAAGUCCGUCGCUGGGUUAGCCUACCAGCUAGAUCAUUAUGCUGCCAUCAUGCCAGACGCGACCAAGAUGAAGAGCUUUCACGAACAUAUGAUGGGUUUCACGCAUUUGCGCACUUUCACGGUCAACGCCGGUUCCGGUAUCGACGGGGAAGACGAUGGCUUGAUGCAUGUAAUGGGAUUGCCGUUUGAUACCAAACGGGUCUUGAUUCUGACCGAGGGACUGAAUCAGGAUGCUAUAUUCACGAAGCUCAUGAACAAGCAUUGUGGUCCUUACAUUCAUCAUAUCGCUUUGGAGAUAGAAGACGUCGAUGCUGUUUUCGCAGAGGUCAGGGAACAGGGUUGGCAGACGACGGCAGACGCGCCCAGUACGGACCUGGCUACGGGGCUGCGGCAGUUUUUCUUGAAGGAAGAUGAAACAGGGUGUAUCUUGGAGUUGAUUGGAAGGGGUGAGAAGGAUGAACGGCUGGCUGGAGCCAAAGCUGUAGAUGACGCCGCCGGUGCUGGUGGCUAUGCCACUGGGCAAGGGGAGUUUCGUACGGAUAACAUUGUGGCCUUAGCUCGGUCUCUGGACGACUGA